UUGAGUUGCCAUAGGAACAGCGUUAGCCGGUGUGUCAUGGCGGCUGAGAUGGUGGGCUCUGUCAAAGAGGUGCUGCUGCCGGUGGAAGUCGCCGGCUACGCCGAGAGCUUGCAGGAGUUCCCGCUGAGAGAUAUCGGAUGCCCGCGGUGGUUCAGACAACACGAGUAUAUUGAGAAGCUGAAUAUGCAAGCCAUCAUCAAUGCCACUGCUGAGCAAGAAGAACUUGUCAAGGAAAACAUUUACUCUCUUGGCAAGGUCCCCACAUUGAUUCAUGAACUCAUUGCUGUGGAAGUUUGGAAGCAGAAGGUGUUUCCUGUGUUGUGUCAGCUCCAGGAUUUCAAUCCAAAGAGCACAUUUCCCAUAUAUAUUGUGAUCCAUCAUGAAGCAACUAUUGUUAACCUCCUAGAAACUAUCUUUUACCACAAGGAUGUGUGCGAGUCUGCAGAGGAAGCAGUGCUGGACCUUGUCGAUUACUGUCAUCGAAAAAUGACCCUACUAGCUGCACAGAGCGAAAAGCAGGAACAUGGUCAAAGUCCAUCAGCAGCCCUAGCAGAGUUGAAAAAGCAAAGUCAAGAAUUGGAAUUUGAUAUCUCGGUGAAGGCUGUUGCCAUUCUUCGCUAUAUAACUGAUCACAUUGACAGCCUGCCAAUCAGUGUACGUACCCGACUACUGAACACUCACAAUUUGCCUUGUGUGCUGGUUCACCUGGUGGAGCAUUGCCCCUGGAGACGAUACAGUUCAAAAGGUGAAUUGCAGAAAUAUGCUGAUGGGAAGUGGUACACAGUACCCAUGGAAGAUCAGCUGAAAAUAACCAAGCUGGAUGGACAGGUCUGGAUUGCAUUGUUCAACCUAUUGCUGAGGCCGGAAUGCCAGCAGAGUUAUGAUUUCAACAACUUCAAUAAAACACAGUUGCUUAAGCUUCAAGGCUACCUGACUGAAGUUCUCAUUGACCAGCUACCCAAUCUGGUGGAACUACAACGCUUUCUAGGCCAUCUUGCCAUGGUUGAUCCUCCUCUACCAAAGAAAAAUCUCAUCCUAGAACAGAUCCCUGAUAUUAGGGAUAGAAUCAUCAGAGAGAACUCGAACAAAUGGAAAGCUAUUGCCAAGCACCUAGUGAAGACUGCAUUUAACCCAUCUGAGCAGGACUUGCUUGAACAGGCACGUAGAUUGGCUGAGACUUACAAUCUUGAUGUGAUGGAGAAUCUAAUUCCAGACCAUCCAAAAUGUGGAUUUUGUGGAGCAGAAGCAGCAAAGCGGUGCUCACGCUGCCAGGUUGAACGGUACUGUUCAAGAGAGUGUCAGGUGAAACACUGGCCGAAACACAAGAAAGCCUGUGAUCUGAUGGCUGAUGCUGGAAAAAUAUGACUAUGCUGGGGAAGGCGUUCAGUGGAAACCAUACAAUGAAGGUUUAUUUUCUGGGAAUUAGAAACUGAAUAGAAUCGUGAAGUCUCAUUUAUGGGGUUGCACAACUAUGGGGAAAUCUUACUGCCUCUGAAGCAUCACACAUGGGCUAAGCAAGCCAUUUGUUCAAAAAUGUUUAGCAGGUAGCAAUUAGUUUUGAACAACCAAUUUAUGAGGCAGAAUUACAAUCUCUCGAUUUGAUGUGGAUUGGGGAGAGUGUGUUUAAUGGAUAAAUUGAAUUUAUUUCUUUUGCAAGUUUAUUCCAACUUAAAUAAAAGUAAUACUCUGAAAAGUAUUUACUUAGUUUUUAA